AUGGCAGUCAGGGUAACUUCUGAAUUCGCACGGGAAAGGGAAACCUACAAAUACGCUGCUGCCCAGCUUGCCGGAUCAGCCCAUCAAGUACAUGCAGCUCUAAUUAACUCUUCAGCGUUACGUACAUCGCGGGACACCAUUCUCACCGGCCUUGCUGAGCUUGUUGCUCUCCGCACAAACGCUACCCGUGCCACUGUCUCUUUGUUCGACAAGCGUUGGCAGUAUGUUAUCGCCGAAGCUACACCUCGUCUGACCUUGCACCCUUCCGCCACUGCUAGUGAGGGGGAACAGCUGCUGCUUUGCGGAACUGCUGUACCACGUUCGGUGGCCAUUUGUGACCAUGUCCUUCUCCAGAACUUUGAGAAUACACAAGUACAGGGCGAGGAUUUGCCAGUGUCCGUCAUCCAAGACACCUCUACCAGGCUUGCCAAUAAUCCAUACUUCAAAUCAUGGCCCCAUCGAUUUUAUGCAGGUGUACCAAUUCGCACAUCUAGAGAUAUUAACAUUGGUGUUUUAAGUAUCUACGAUGAUGAUCCGCGCGAGGAACUUGACGCCACAUCCGUGCUGGUGAUGCAAGAUAUCUCUCGGGCAAUCAUGGACUAUCUCGCGGCCUUCCGAUCAAGAGACGGGCAUCGCCGCGCAGAUCGAAUGGUUCGUGGGGUCGGUACCUUCGUAGAGGGUGAAUCCAGUCUGGCUGGUUGGCAAGGAGGCGCGGACACCGAAUCUUUUCAGGAUAAUCCUACAAUAUCUGAGGGAUCCCUGAACGCAAGGCAACAAACCCUGCAGCGGCGAAAAGUAGACGGCGACAGUAUUUCUCAAGUUCCCAUGGAUGUCCAUGUUCCGAGCUUUGGCCAACCAUCCCAGGUGCCCACCGACAACCCGGAUUUCCCCACAGAUGAACAGGAGUCAGAGGAUACAGUAACCAAGCUCACUUUCUCCAAGGCUGCGAACAUCUUGAGGGAAUCAAUCGAGGUCGAAGGUGCGCUGUUUCUAGAUGCCUCAAUAUCUUCAUUCGGCGGUGGCGUAGGCCAGCAUGGCCUUCGUUCUUCGUCUUCCAGUAGUAGUGAAGAUUCAUCAAAUCUUGGAGUUACUAGAAAGACCAAUACUCCUUGUCGUAUCCUUGGUUUCUCGAAUUCAUCGGCAUCAAGCAUCGAUGGAGGUCUGGUCUCAGAAGGUCACUCAGCAAUAUCAGAGCGAUUGUUAAGCAGAUUGAUCAAGUGCUAUCCAAAUGGCAAAAUUUUCAACUUCGACUCGGACGGUUCGCCUUCUUCUGGGGAAGGCGAAGACACUACGCAUUCUUUGAGGUCCCCUUUGGGUCAAACGCGAAUAUCAACAGAAAGGCCGAAUUCUCCGGCUAGGAAUAACAGGAAAACGUCCUUCUCACGUAAGGACAUGGCGAAGCGGAUAGGCGAAGUAUUUCCCAACAGUCGCAGUGUGGCAUUUAUUCCAGUCUGGGAUUCGCAUCGGCAACGUUGGUUCUCUGGUGGGUUUGUUUAUACCCACACAUCCAGUCGUGUUUUUACAUCGGAGGGAGAACUGAGUUAUCUCUCCGCUUUUGCCAGCAUCCUCAUGGCAGAGAUCCACCGUACCCAGGAAUCAUUUCUCAACAAGACCAAGACUGAUUUGCUUGGUUCUCUGUCCCACGAACUUCGCUCGCCGCUACACGGUGUCGUUCUCGGUGCUGAGCUUCUCCAGGAUACUGAGCUUGAUGUUUUCCAGCGAGAUGUCCUUAAUUCGAUUGAGAACUGCUGUCGAACUCUUAUGGGCACCAUCGAUCAUCUCCUUGAUUGGACAAAGAUCAACAAAUUCAAACUAGAUUCAUUGACCGGCCGCCGAGGUGCAAGAAGCGAAGAAACACAUGGCACUACUGAUGUUCCGAAUCGAUCUAUUGAGGCGGGCAUGAUGAGUCGCACUUCGAAUGUUGAUGUCGGUGCCAUCGCCGAGCAAGUCGUUGAGAGCAUAUUCGCUGGCCAUAGCUUUCAGACAAUGGCAGUCCUGCGGAUGGUUGAAGACAAGCAGUCUGGCAAUGCUGAUGUAGAUUCGAUGCGUAUGCUUGACAGCAUGCAGGCUGUGGAGAAUGUGGCUUCUUAUAAAGAAAAGUCUGGAGAUGUUCGGAUCGCAUUGGGGGGCGUCGUGGUGACACUCUCUAUCGAUGCCUCCUUGCCUUGGGUGUUUGAUACUCAGCCUGGUGCUAUCCAACGAAUUACUAUGAAUAUCCUUGGAAAUGCCCUCAAAUUUACUAGUCAAGGUUUUGUUGAGGUACGCCUUACACAAGAGAAGCCCCAUACGAUGCGUUCCAACAUGCGCUUGGUCACGUUAACUAUUUCGGAUACUGGUCGGGGAAUUGAACAAGAUUUCCUUAAACAUGAGCUAUUCACACCUUUUAUGCAAGAGGAUAGCCUGGCAGCUGGUUUAGGGCUUGGGCUGAGCCUGGUGAAGAGGAUUGUCAGUGCACUUGGAGGAGCUAUAAGCGUCGAAAGUACUGUUGGACAAGGGUCUACCAUAACGGUGAAGCUUCCACUCAAGGUACCGCCGUCUCCACCUAAUAACAAAAUCCCCGGCGACGAGGCACAAGAGGAUUUUCUCGCUCAUAUUGCUGAGAUUCGGGGGCUUCGUAUUUCUAUUACAGGAUAUCCACCAGACCAGUUAUCCCAAGGCACCGCAAAGAUGGCCCUGUUCAAGGAGUAUACUUCGUUGACAGAUGUAUGCAAGAACUGGCUUCAAAUGCGCGUAAUUGAGGAGCAUGAAGCGCAAGAGCUUCUUCCGGAUCUCAUUCUCUGCGGCGACCGACAUUUAGAAGACAUUUUUAUAAGAGGACGCAAUGACUCUUCAACACCCAUUGUAAUUAUCUGCCGCAGCGCAUUAGCUGCACGCCAGUUGGCAACAUCGCCUAGGUUUAGUCCUCAUUCUAGUCGUGGGAUUUAUGAGUUCAUCUCUCAGCCUCUUGGCCCUCGGAAACUGGCCAAAGUACUGCUUCAGUGCUUCCGACGUUGGACUAGACUUCAAGAGGCAGCAUUGUCUACUCGGGUACCUUCAGAUUGUACGGAGAAGUGCUCCUCAAUAAGGCCAUCACCAAUAGCAGAUUUGGACGAUGUGUUUGCUCGUCAAUUUGCUGGACAAUCUCUCGAUGAGACCGAACGAUCCAAUACACCCAAACCUUUAGAUCCCUUCAAAGCCACGGAAACAAACUUUGUAGAAGCGGAUCAAGUGCCCACAGAAACUACGGACACGCCAGAGAAACAGCCAUCAGAUGCUCCGCCAGUUUCUACCCAAAAGCCGGUAGACACGCCAAAAAUACAGAACCGUGUUGCGCGCUACCUACUUGUUGAUGACAACGCGAUUAAUCUACGAAUCCUUGCCACUUACAUGAAAAAGCUGGGUCACGCGUAUGACACAGCAUCUGAUGGGUUAGAAGCUCUCAAAGCUUUUGAAAAGGGGAAUGGCCAGUACAGAUGUAUUUUCAUGGAUAUAUCUAUGCCCGUCAUGGAUGGCUUUGAAUCGACAAGGCGUGUUCGUGCGCUGGAACGCGAGAAAAAGCUUUCUCGUUGCAGUGUUUACGCUUUGAGUGGUUUAGCAUCGGCCAGCGCUCAGCAAGAGGCAUUUGCCAGCGCACGACCCCAGGGAGGUGCAAAGGGCCUUGUAAAGAGCAAAGGUGGUUUCACCCAAGUGAAGACUGCUUUGUCCAAGGAUGGUGUGUUUACAUGUCGAUCAGCCUUCCGAUCUCAGGGCACACAGAUCAAGCUCGUGACCAAUUACUACGAAAUUGGUGUAGACGGCGAUUAUUUCUGUAAGUGGCAGCAUUAUGGCAUUACCAUAACCGAGCUUGUCGGUUCGGUCGACCAGCCACGAGAUCCUCAGCUCAGGACCAUCAUGGAACUGGCAAUCAAGCAGCUCUUCCCGAAUGGUGUGUCUUUUGCCUCAGAUUUCAAGAGCAAUGUUCUCUUCAAUCGUCGGCUCGAGGGAUCGGAACUUGGUCAAUGUGUCGUGAGUAUCGAACAACCUGGCGGUCGUAGUAGUAGACAGUACAAAGUCAAGUUCAAAAAUGACAAGGACAUCGAUCUAGGUCCUCUUUUCAAUGUUCUGAAGAGCAUGGACAUCGCUACCGACGCCAACCCUUUUACACAAUUCGCUGAGAAGCUCAACCCUGCUGCUCUCAUCCUUGACCAUCAGGUACGGAAGAACGUGAAUAUCCACUCGUUCAAGAGCGGUAAAUUCUUCAAUAUCAAUCUUCCGGGUGAUUCUGAAGGUAUACAAGAUCUCGGUCAACGCAGCAUGCUCACGGUUAAUCGAGGCUUUUUCCAGAGUGUGCGUCCAGCUACGGGCAGACUCCUGCCGAAUGCAAACACAGCCUACGCCGUGUUCAGACGCAGCCAGACUUGUCGGAUGUGA